CGCGGGCGGCCGGGCCCCGCCCCCCCGGGGACGGGGGUAGAAAAGCAGCCGCCGGCGCCCGCCCGCCUCACUCGGUUACUUCCAGCGACUCUUCGCUUGUCGGGAGAAGUAACGUCCCCACCCGCCCGCUGCCUGCGCCCGCCCGCCCCGCAGCAUGCGUGAGUGCAUCUCUAUCCACGUAGGCCAGGCUGGUGUCCAGAUCGGCAAUGCCUGCUGGGAGCUCUACUGCCUGGAACAUGGGAUCCAGCCUGACGGCCAGAUGCCCAGUGACAAGACCAUCGGGGGAGGAGACGACUCCUUCAAUACCUUCUUCAGUGAGACGGGCGCUGGCAAGCAUGUCCCCAGAGCCGUCUUUGUGGACUUGGAGCCAACAGUCAUAGAUGAAGUGCGCACUGGAACCUACCGCCAACUCUUCCACCCUGAGCAGCUCAUCACUGGCAAGGAAGAUGCUGCCAACAACUAUGCCCGUGGGCACUACACCAUUGGGAAAGAAAUCAUCGACCUGGUUCUCGACAGGAUCCGCAAGCUGGCCGACCAGUGCACAGGUCUCCAGGGCUUCCUGGUCUUCCACAGCUUUGGAGGUGGCACUGGUUCUGGGUUCACCUCCCUGCUGAUGGAGCGUCUGUCUGUGGACUAUGGCAAGAAGUCCAAGCUGGAGUUCUCCAUCUACCCCGCUCCUCAGGUCUCCACCGCAGUGGUGGAGCCCUACAACUCCAUCCUGACCACCCACACCACCCUGGAGCACUCUGACUGCGCCUUCAUGGUAGACAACGAGGCCAUCUAUGACAUCUGCCGCAGGAACCUGGACAUUGAGCGCCCCACCUACACCAACCUGAACCGUCUUAUUAGCCAGAUCGUGUCCUCCAUCACCGCCUCCCUCCGAUUUGAUGGUGCCCUGAAUGUAGAUCUGACAGAGUUCCAGACCAACUUGGUGCCCUACCCCCGUAUCCACUUCCCUCUGGCCACCUACGCCCCGGUCAUCUCUGCUGAGAAAGCUUACCAUGAGCAGCUUUCUGUAGCAGAGAUCACAAACGCUUGCUUUGAGCCAGCCAACCAGAUGGUGAAAUGUGACCCCCGCCACGGGAAAUACAUGGCCUGCUGCCUGUUGUACCGUGGGGACGUGGUGCCCAAAGAUGUCAAUGCUGCUAUUGCCACCAUCAAAACCAAGCGCAGCAUCCAGUUCGUGGACUGGUGCCCAACUGGCUUCAAGGUUGGUAUCAACUACCAGCCCCCCACUGUGGUUCCUGGCGGUGACCUGGCCAAGGUGCAGCGGGCCGUGUGCAUGCUCAGCAACACCACAGCCAUAGCUGAGGCCUGGGCUCGUCUGGACCACAAGUUUGACCUGAUGUACGCCAAGCGUGCCUUUGUUCACUGGUACGUAGGGGAGGGGAUGGAGGAAGGCGAAUUCUCGGAGGCUCGGGAGGACAUGGCUGCCCUAGAGAAGGAUUACGAAGAGGUUGGUGUGGAUUCUGUUGAAGGGGAGGGUGAAGAGGAAGGGGAGGAAUAGAUUAACGCUCUUAAAUCCCUGCAGCAUGUUCUGUGUCCACAAAACUUCAUCGUAAAACACUUAGCUUACUUGUUAACUAGGGAAGCAAUGGAUGGUACCACAAUGGUAUGAAGGAGCCUUUAAGGAGUACAGCAAUCUGACUAGUUCCCACUGUUUCAAAAUCUGAUCAUGUCAGUUUUUUCCAUUUGUCUUUGUAAACAUAUCAUGUUUGUGAAAUAAAGGCUUUAAAAAAAAGAAAAGAUUGCUCUGUGUGUCUAAUACAACUAGUGUAUGUCCCAGAGUGCAUGUGGAGUCCCAGCUGUAGGCCCACAGAGCAGCCGUUUCAAGCUGCAGAGAACAACUCUGGCCAGUUCCUUCCCUAAUGCCUCUGUCCUUAAAUGUUGGCUUCCAAUGAAGACCAAACACAAACCCUGGGGGCGGGCAUGUGCCUCCUGCCUCUCCUUCCACUGAGGGCCACCCUGUGAAUGAGAAUCUCUGCUCUCCCUUGCUUUAAGCUGACCUGCCAAGCUCUCCCUCGAGCCGCUUAAAACAAGCAUGGAUGGUAAAGCACUUGGCUGGCUGCUUUUCUGCUCUGCAGGUUCUGUGCCUGGCAAGCUAAAAACAUGAACUCAGGACCCCACAUUGUGAACAAGGGCCUUCACUUACUCAAUUGUGGCAUAAAAGGGACCAGCUGGAAUGUUCAUAAUUGAAAGCUAGGCUUUACUACAACCAUCCCACCUGCUGGAUCAUGGUGUAAGCAGAAGAGGUCCAGUCAGGGGCCUGAUGAAUGUGCUUCGGGCUGACCAGCCCUUCCGAGUGGCUCCGCUUGUUACAGGUUUCACAGAGCCGGGUAUUGAACACUAGGAUUUAAGAUGCUCUGAAGGCCGGCUCCGUGCAUUGGACACUUGCUAUAGUCCAGCAGAACCGAGCUCCAGCAGCACUUCGAAUAAAGCAGUUUGUGACAUGGCAGCCGGGCCUCUCACCAUAGUCCCAGGAGCCGAACAAUCAGGUAAAGACUCAAUGUCUACCUUGGGUGGGAGGUAGAUCGGCUUUCUUGGCACAAACUCCAAGCAUCCUUUGCUCCACAGCAUCUCCCAAGUGAGGCGUGGGAACUCCUGUCCUGCCAAGGGAUUAUGCAGCAGCUCUUUCUGCCAAGCUGGCGUGGGGAGCUGGAAUCGCUGUCUAAGUUGGUGCCUAUCAGAUACUCUGUUACGCAAUGGGGCUCUUUUAACAAGCGGUGUAUCACUUCUAUUCCUUGCUGCUGCUGCACCUCCUUCCCGCCCUGGUCAUCUGAAUCGCCUGCCUUCUGUGACUCCAACUCCCCCGCUUGCAGCUCCGCAUGCCCUCGGUUUAUGUAGACGCUAGUGAAAGUCCUAGGGCCUGUCUGCAUUAGGGGACCCUGCACCAACAUAGUUCUGUUACCGCAUCUAUGAGGGAAGUUUAUAUUGAACUGUGAUCUGCU